UUAUUUGUUCUUUGUUAAAGAAACAGCAUUAACAAGGCCAACAAAACAAUGUUGGGAGCCACAAAACCUGGAAAUGUUCUGGGUGAACACUGGCAGAUGGAUUUUACUGAGUUGCCCAGAGAAGGGGGGGGGUAUAAAUCCAGAAUUAUAAAGUUCUGGUGGAUACCUUUUCUGGGUGGCCAGAAACCUUCCCUUGUCACACCAACCAGGUUAGGGGAGUGACUAAAGUACUGUCAAAUCAAAUAAAUACAAAAAACCCAAAAAGACAAUAAAUCAAAAAUUGAGGGUACCUUUGGGAAUGUCAUCAGACACAGAUUCCCACGUUAUUGCAGAAGUGAUACAACAGCUUAGGAAAGCCUUGGGAAUAGCUUGGGAUCCUCACACUCCUUAUAGGCCCCAGGCUAGUGGCAAAGUGGAGGGAGUGAAUUAUACAAUCAAACUGCAAUUGGGUAAAAUGUGUCAGGAAACCUCCUUGAGCUGGGCCCAAGCCUUACCUGGUGCUCUGCUUCAAAGCAGAAUUCAGCUGUGGGGCACCAGCAGAAUCAGCCCCUGUGAGCAGCUCUGUGGUCGACCCUAGCAAGUGCCACACUCCAGGAGCCACACAUGUUCAAAGGAGGGGUGGAUUUGAAUAAUUACCUCAUUUCUCUCAGUAAAACCUUUCAGGAUUUGCAGUGGUUGGACACACCAGGGCACGAGUUCCAACCAGGAGAUCGGCUCUGUUUGAAUGACUGGGGAACUGCUCCACUCCAGCCAAAGUGCAAGGGACCUUUCCAAGCACUGCUGACAACUUUGACUGCAUUGAAACCGCACAAAGUAAAAUUUUGGAUACCAUGUUCCAGAAUUAAAAGGGCCUAAGCCCCCUGGGAAGAAGUCAAGAGCUUGUCACAAGCUGUUUUACAAAACCAAAUGGCACUAGACUUUGUUUUAGCAUCACAAGGAGGAAUAUGGACUGUAAUUAACUCCAGUUGCUGUGUAUUCACUGACCAAAAAACACUGUAGAGCGUCUACAGAUGUAGGAAACUUGGAAACAAACCCAAAUUUCCAAACCAACAGCUCAAGAUGCCAUCUCCUGGAGAUUUGAAGAAAUUUGGACCAAACGUCCUUCCUGGGUACCCAGCUGGACCUGGUGAAACAUCUGUUUAUAAUCACCACCUUAAUAAUUGCUGUGUGGUUUUAGCCAGCAUCAAGAUUCAGUGUUGCAGCUGUUUUAAUGCCUUACACUCUGAAAGGAAAUAAAAAUCUUAAGAGACUGGCUCCCACAAGGAACUUAGGAGCAAGUAGAGGAGGGAUUUGAUACGGACAGGAGAACAGCACAGCCCUGGAGAAACAGAUAAAGGAUGUAUCACAGGCAAACAGAAGUCAUGAAAAAUGGAAGCAGGAUGACAGCUCAGCUGUGCAAGGCUGACAAAGCAGAAGUUGUGCAAAACAAGGAUAUUUCCCUUACUCAAAAGCGGGGGUCAAGGAACAUCCCCCUAAAAAGGACAUGGGAUAUUAAAGACAGAUCCCUAGGAACCACAUAAGGACUCCUGCCAAAACCAAAUCUUGGAGAAGACUUCCAACACCCUCAAGUCCACAUCUCACCAAAAAAACUUUCACCCCAAACCACCCAUCAGCAGUUUCACUUUCACACUGCUGCAGAAAACCACAUGAUUUACAGAAAAGCAGUAAUUGUGGAAUCACCGCUCCCAUAUAAAGGGAAACAGCUCCCUCCAAAGGAGCCAGAGCUGGGUGGGCUGUGCUGGGCUUCACCGAGCACGGGAGCUGCAGGCACCGGAGGGGGAAGGUUUUGGGGCCUUUCCUUCCUGCUGCUCUUCCUCCUGAGUUCUCAAGGGGUUCCCAUCUUCUUCUCCACACCCACCGUGUACCCCAGGCCUGCCACUGCCCCUGUGCUGUGUCCCCUGAGCUGGGGCCCUCGGCUGCCCGUGUCUGCUGGGAAGCCAAGGCUGGGAGCAACAGGAGCAUCUGCUGUGAGCCAUGGCUUCACAGGACGACGCACAGGAGGAGGAUACAAAGACACAGCUCCUGGCAGAGGCAUUCCAGAAGGAAGGACUGGAUGCUGGAUACUGGCUGCCCAAAGUGACACAGAUCCUGGGAAUCAAGUGCAGAGAAGCCCUGCAACAUCUGGAAUACGAAGACUACCUCAGGCUGGAGUGUGAGAUACAGCACCCCUGGGAGAAAAAGGCACUCCAGAAACUCCUGAAAAUAAAAGAUGACAAAACGACCAUUAAAGAGGUGCAGAAGGAGCACUUGGAGAAGACAAAGCAAAGACAGGAAGAGGCCAAACAAGCUCUGAAGGAUCUGACAGAAAUGCUCAACAGCCGCAGCCACAGCCAGGAUGCUCUGAGGGAGAAAGCAGAGACUCUGUGGCAAGCCAUGGAGAUUCCCAAAGAGUUCUGGCCACCGCCAAAGAAACCCUUGGCAGAUAUGCUGGAGAGCAUCCAGAAGCAGCUGGAGCAGCAGGAGCAGUCAGCAGGCAGGAGGGAGAACAUCCCUGACACGGAGGUGCUGAGGCGGGCGUCAGGGGGACUGGCCCUGCAGGGCAUCUACAGAACCAGCAGACCUGAAGAUGUGCUGGCAAAGCGAGAGCAGCUCCUCAGGGUUCCUGAGGGAUUCCAGCUCGCCGGUCCCGAGCAAGGAUCGCUGCUUGAGAGGAAGGAGUUCUCCUCCUCUGCAGCAGAAUCCACUUUCACCAAGUCCAUGGAGCAGCUGGGGUUCAGCAUGAGCGUUUCUGCCAAAUCCUCAUUCUGGGGGAUUAAUCUGGUAGGGAGUGUAGAUCACAGCAGCUCCUCACAGUCACAGGACACCCACCAGUCCCGCUCUGAGCAGAGCUACUUUUGCACCACCAAGUACCAGUACAUCCCUCUGGCCUCCUGCUACUUCCAAAGGCAUCAGCUUCGCCUCUCGGAUGCCGCUCUGCGGGAGCUGCAAGACAUGGAGCAGCUUUUGAGCUUCAGUCAGGAAGAAGACAGCCCCACCUUGGUGAAGAUAUGUGAGAGCUUCUUCAGCAGGUUUGGGUCCCACAUAAACCAGGGUCCCCUCCACUUUGGGGGGAUAUUCUGGUGGAAGGCGUCUACAGAAGGAUUCCGGGCUGAGCAGCGCGAAGAGGUGAAGCGACAAACGUCUGAAGCACUGAACAGCUUUGUUGGGGCCAGCUGGGGUGGCUUUGGGGCCAGUGUAGAAGGGACCCUGGAUGUUUCCAAAUCCAGCUCACAGGCUUCUGUCAUGGGGAGAGCUGCAGAGAGUUCUCAUACAGCAAUUCAGCUCUACGUGGUCAACACAGGGGGCCCAGCAGACACAGCUUCCCUUCCUCAGUGGAAAACGGGGCUCAUGUCUGAUAACACAACGUGGUGCGUUAUCGACCGUGGCUUUGAGCUGAUCCCAGUGUGGGACAUUAUCCUGUGCAAUCACUGUGGAGAUUUUAAGUCUGUUGGUCAGAUGAGCAGAGCCCUCACAGCUGGGUACAAAGCACUGACGAAUCAGAGCCUUGGCAUGACUUUUGGAGAGGAACUGGGCAGUGCAGUGCAAGAGGCCAGAGAUUUCAUGGGGACUGUGAAGGCCUGGGAGGUGACAGUGGAUGAAGAGAAGCUGUUCAUGCUGAUGGAGCUAAAAGAUGAUCUGAGUGCAAAAACCAGGAACCCCAGUGUGUGGAUCAAUGUGUGCCUGUCAGACAAAGCCCUGCAGGACUUCCUGGUGAACACCGUGCGGAGCUGCCAGGAGUCACCUCCAGAAAACACCACCACUAUCAAGGUAAUGUUGAGGAGCCUCCUGAAUCCUCAUAUCUACUCUGUCAAGGACUUCCCUGAGGCUUCCUUCAUUAUGCAAUGGGUCUUCCAGACUGAGCACCCGCUUCCCAGAUUUCCCAAAGUCUCUGAGCUUCAAGAGCUCAUCAAAACACUGCAGCAAAUGAAGGAGCACAUCCAUGCUGUCACCUACGCACCAGGAAGCUCUGCUCCUGACGUUCAUGAAGCAAAGAUAGAAGCCACCCUGACCAGCAGCCUGGCCAUUUAUUCCUUACUCCAGUCUCUCCAGGAACAGGCUCAGAAGGACAUGGAACUGUUGGUGCUCUUGAUUGUGACCAGCACAGGCUACCAGGUGAAAAGCAGCAAUUUUCAGCACCUCCUUGGACACCCAGAAAUUCAGUACAUGGCCAAGGAAAUGGAAGCAGCACAUGAGGAGUACAUGAACCUGAAGGAGCAAGAUGCGGACAGAGCUGAGGCAUUCCUCCUGCUGACAGGUCUGACUGUGACACCAGAAUGUCAAAAGCUGUCCCCUGAGCAGAAAAGGGAGCAUUUAGUUUUCAUGGAAGAUCACAUGAAAGGCUUGUGGUCCCCACGGAUAAAGAAUCUCCUCCAAAAGCACAGUGGAGGCGAAGACUGGGAGAGGCUGGAACGUGACUUGGACUCCUUGAUCAGUGGGUGCUUGGAUGAGAAAUGGGAUGAACAGAGGAUGCAGAACAUACUCAGCGACCUGGAAGACACUUUUCCAAAACCAGAGCCCCCCAGUCAGUCCCAGUCCAAGUCAGACAGCAGUGAAUCCAAAGAAAGUGAAGCCAUUGCAAACCAGGAGUUCCUCCAGUUGCUCAAGCGCCUUGGACUGGAAAGUCACUAUCCAAGGAAAAUGGGCAUGGGAGAUUUCCGCACCAUCUGCAAGACAUCUCUGCAGGACGGCCCGCCCAGCCAGGACAAGGAACUGCCAUUGUACUUCUUGCACAAGCUGUUAACUGUGGAUUACCAGGUGAGAUACCUGACCUGCUGGGAAAGGAGCAAUCCAGGCCUUGCACCCAUGCCACAAAGCAGCGAGCAAGAGAACCAACAAUCAGAUUCCUUUGAAAACUUUCUUGAUAAGCUGAUGGAAGCAGCUCCUAAAUGUGCAAGCAGGGACAGCCAUGUGCACCCCAUGGACCUGCAGAUGGCUGUUUUCCAUUGUGCUGAUGACUUCCUGAGACAGUCCCUGGCAACCAAGCUGGCGUUCUGCCAACUGGCGCUGCCUCUCCUGGUGCCCAACCCGAGCACUUCAUGCAUCGAGUUCCCGCUCUACGCCCUCAGCCAAAUCCAAAGGAGCUGGAAAGAGGUGGACAAGUCAGGAAAGCAGGCCCAAGCAAAGAGUUUCAGCAACAAACUCAUCUUUCAGGCACAGACACCCAUCGUGUCCUUCAUUCGCAUUGGCAGCUCGGCCUCCUCUUCCAAGUCCCAGCUCCUGAAUGCUCUGCUCAGCAAACGCAAACACGACACUUUCUUCCACCGCCACUGCAGAGGCAGCACCAGAGAGCGUCUGCUGAUGGAAGGGCUGGUGGAGAUCGCCUGGUACUGCCCCGGUGGAAGCCCCAAUGACACCUUUGAGCGCUGCGUGGCUUUCUGUAACCUGCGUGGAGACGCCAGGGAUCACGGAGCACAGCUGCAGUUCCUGCAGGAGAUAUCUGCUGUCAACGUGGCUCUCGUGUCCGAUUGGGAGCACAUGGACAACAGGGCGAAAAAGCUUCUGCAGGGCCUGUGGCAGUCACAAAGGCCUUUGGUUUGUCUUCUCACAGAAAAAGAGAACACUGCAGCUGGACAAGCCAGCAAAACCAUAACAAUAGGGAUCAAGAACAGAAACGAAGCAGAACUGAUGGAUGAGCUGACCAAGACAAUUGGGGAUCUCCUGGAAGGUUCUAAUCCAUGUUUCAGUCUGGAGGCCUGUGUGGACAAAGCUCGCCAGCACGGAUUUGUAGUGGAUGCAGAUCAACCCGCGUGUGUGACAGCCAAAGCAAAGGCAAAGGAGCUGGUGGAGCUUCUGAAGAAAGAGAAGCUGUCUGAGAUCAAAUCCAAGCUGCUGCCACUUCAAGGAAAACUGUGGUACCAGUGGUGCCAAAAGGACAAAGAACUCACUCGCUUGCAGGAGAAGAGGAACAAGAGCGUUGAGCAUCAUCGGAGCCAAAUUGAAAAUGAGAAGAAAGCAAUAAGAAGAAAGCAACUUGAGCGAGCUUCCCCUCUCAACCCACUGAUGAAAUCAUUCCUUGGCUUUCUCCAGGCCCAGCCAGCAGAUACCAAGAAAUACUUCCUGCAGUGGAUGAAGGUCUUUAUGCACGAGCUGUCUUGUGGUCGCCUUGAAGAACUGAGGAGGGACUAUCACGAGUUAUGGUCUAAAAUCCUGUCAAGAAAGAAAAACAAGAAGAAAACCAGUGGCAAUGAUGAGAUGCUGAGUCGCUUGGAUACCCUCUCUGAUGAAAUCAACGAUUCAUCCAUUGGCCUGGAGCACCUUCUGAGAGAGGUAGGGCAGAUUUACGAAGCUCUGGAAUUAUUGAACUCCAAGAAGGACGAUUUUGUCAAACUUCCAGAAAUUGCAGUAGAGCUGAUGGUUUCAGGGUACCCCGUGGAGCUGAUGGAUGGGGACGCUUCUUACCUGCCCUUGCGCUGGGUGGGAGCAAUCUUUGACAGCUUAAUUGAGAGGCUGGGGGACAAACGAGUGUUUGUGCUCUCCGUGCUCGGCAUCCAGAGCACAGGCAAGUCCACCCUGCUGAAUGCCAUGUUUGGUCUGCAGUUCAACGUCAGCGCAGGGAGAUGCACUCGUGGAGCCUUCAUGCAGCUCAUCCCAGUGGGCCAGGAGCUGCAGCAAGACUUGGGCUUUGAUUUUGUGCUGGUGGUUGACACAGAGGGACUCCGUGCCAUCGAGAUGGCCAAUAAACAGUCCCUGAACCAUGACAACGAGCUGGCCACCUUUGUCAUUGGUGUCGGCAACUUGACUGUGAUCAAUAUCUUUGGUGAAAAUCCAUCAGAAAUGCAAGAUGUUCUCCAGAUCGCUGUGCAGGCUUUCCUGAGGAUGAAGAAAGUCAAUCUUUCCCCAAGGUGCCUCUUUGUCCACCAAAACAUGGGAGAAGCAACUGCCAAGGAGCAGAACAUGGAAGGACAAAGGCGCCUGCAGGAAAAGCUGGAUGAAAUGACCGUGAUAGCUGCUCAGCAGGAAUUCUGUGACAUCUCCUCCUUCAGCGAUGUCAUUGGCUUUGAUGUGAACACCCACAUUCACUACUUUGCUCACCUGUGGGAAGGAAACCCCCCAAUGGCACCACCCAACCCCAACUACAGCCAGAACGUCCAGCAACUCAAGAGCAAAAUCCUCCAGGCUGCCAAGAAGCAGUCACAGAGCAGCAUUUUGAGGCUCUCGAGCCUGAAAGAUCGUGUUGGUGACCUCUGGAAUGCUUUGCUGAAUGAAAACUUUGUUUUCAGCUUCAAGAAUUCCCUGGAGAUUGCUGUGUACAGGAAACUGGAAAAUGCCUUUAGUCAGUGGACCUGGAUGUUGAGGAAACACAUCUUAGAUGUACAAAUGAGACUGGACAACAAAAUUCGGAAUGGGGACUUGCAGAAUGUCACCAGAGAGUACCUUGAAGGGCUGGUGAAAGAGACAAGUGAUGCCAUUGAGAAAAAAGUGGAAGAGUAUUUCAGGGAAGACAAAGACCGGGAGAUACUGGUCCAGUGGAAAUCAAGCACAGAGCUGAAGCUGAAAGAACUCAAAGAGACUCUUCUUCAUGAAACAAAAAAGAAAUGUGAGAAUCUCAUUGAGCUACAGAAGGAGCAGAAGAAACUGGAUGCAAGGAAGUUGGAAUACGAAGAUGAGCUCCUGAAAAGGAGUUGGGAGCUGGCUGUGACUCUGAAGGGGAAGAGCCUCAGUGAGAGAGAACUGAAGGACAACUUUACUCUUGUCUGGAACGAGUGGAUUGCCAAAGUCUCCCGUGCUGCUCGUCCUCCAGAACGGGUGGAUAUCGAUGCAGAAAUUGACGAUGUCCUUGUAGAGCACUUUAAGGAGCCAGGUAUCCAUGCACGGAUCAAGUCAUUUUCCAGAGGCAGAGGAUUUUCUUUUGAUCCAGAGAAACACAUCAUGAAGAAAAAGUAUUUCGUCUUUUUCACAGAUCCCAGGAGCCUUUCCAAUGCUGAUGUGAUCAACUUUCAACACAUCACAGACAAGAUUAUAGCAUGUGUGAUGGCAAACAUUGCUAAGAAGGAGGAGGAGAAACGCGAUUACAGUCGAAAUUUUAUUCAUGAAAUACUCAAUGAAGUACAGAAAGGUGUCAACUCUGUCCCCAGCAAUGCAAAAUGUACUUUCAACAGAGAUUACAGCAUAGAUUUGUCGAUCUAUCUGUGCAAAAUAGCAGCGGAAAGGUUUAAAGCCAUGCACGAAGCAUUCCAAAAGGCAAAUGACCCAGUUGAGUACCUGAGCAGCAAGAGAGAAGAUUUCUUCCAAUGUUUCCAGAUUUCCUGCCAAGGAGCCACUUCUGUCACAACAUUUGCUGCUUUCCUUUGUGACAAGAUUGCACCAGCUCUUUGCCGUGCAGUCUAUGAGAGGACAGCUAAAGCCAUCGCUGAGGACAUGCAGAAAUCCCCAGAUUUCCAGGGCAGCAGAGCCAAUCUGGAAGUUUGCAUCCUGAGAUACCUGGCAGAACAGGAAAAUUUUGAGUAUUUCAGGCAGUACCUUAUGUCUCCAAAAGAGUUUUGUGAGAGUUACAUUGAGACACGGGUUAGGAGUCACUGUUUAGAUGGGCCCAGGAGGCUGGGGAUGUUUUUAGAUUCCUCCCUUGAUAAUCUCUAUAGAAACAUCUUGUCAGCUGUUUCUUUAUCAACCCAAAUUGUCAAAGACAGAGAAGACAGAGAAGACAAAGUCUCUCUCUGGCUGGAUGAGUUUUGCAGGGAACUGUCAGAGGUGCUCAGCUUGCCCAGAAGUGACCUGAAGGGCAUUGAGCACCAGGAGGUCACAGACAUUGAGUUCCUGAGCAGUGCCAUGGCAGAAGCUCUGGAUGACCUGAGGGAAAGGCUCAAGAAAGAAUUGGCUGCUGCUGACCUGAGCUCAUUUCCAAGGCAGCCUCACAGCAUCCUGGUGGAGCAUUUUGCAGGGUGCUGGGAGCAGUGUCCCUUUUGUGGCGCUGUCUGCACAAACACAAUGCAGAAUCAUGAUGGAGACCAUCAGCUGGUCUUCCAUCGCCCAGAAGGUUUGACGGGAUGGACGUGGAUUGGGACAGACCAGCUCGCCAUUGAUAUUUGUUCCAGCGAUGUUGCAAGUGACUGCAGAUUCAGGAUUCGUGGGAAUGAAGUUUACCCCUACAGGAGAUACCGGGAUGCUGGACCUCCUUAUUCCACUUGGAAUAUUCUUCCUGAUCCAUCCAUGCAGGCGUACUGGAAAUGGUUUGUGUCGCAUUUCAAGACACAGCUGGAAGCUUUGUACGAUGGGAAAUUUCAAGGCAAAGGAGAAAUCCCUGAGGCGUGGUAUAGAGUUACCAAGCAGGAAGCACUGUCUGAGCUGGAGAAGCGUUAGGCCACAUCCUUGGGGAGUAAGAACCACAACAGCUUUGCAGUUUAGGAGAACUUUGUACCAGGCUCUGCACAAAAUGCAGUUACAAUGAUGAUACUCUCAAGUCCAGUAAAGACAAAAGUAUCCCAAAUUUAUGAAAUAAGGUGCAUUACAGCAUCCAUUAUUCAGCAGCUCCCUUGCUUCAUGAAAAAGCCAGAAUCCUCUUGCCUGUUUGCCAUAAACAUUCCCCUCAGCUUUGUCCUAGAGCCAAACCAAACCCAUCCUUGGAGCCAUCAGCCUUGUGGCCAUCCUGAGCCUGAGGGCAGGGACGGGGCAAAGGCAGCACUCAAAGCACCCCUUGGAUCAGCUGCUGUGAGACAAGAAGGGACAGUGCCCCAGGGGCAGUUUUCCUGCAGCAAGGAGCUGCCCUGCUGGGAGAAAGGGCUGCAGGGCCUGAGGCCAGCUCCAUGCUGGCUGCAAGCUGGGCUGCUUGGCUUCUGGGUGUCAUCCUUCCCUCCCUCAUUGCAGCCUCCUGGAUCAGCUGAGGCCGUUCUCCCAGCAGGAGCCGUUGUGCCUGCGGG